UCUAUGAACAACUUACCUGACACAGAAAAUCUAAGUGAAGUUAGUUACAGAGUGAAACAGAACACAUAUUCAUGGCUUCCCUUGCAACCUUAGCUGCUGUUCAACCAGCUGCAGUCAAUGGACUUGCUGGAAGUUCCCUUAAUGGAACUAAGCUCUCUUUCAAAUCCUCUCACCAAACUUUAAAAUCCAAGAAAUUCAGGAGUGGUGCUGUGGUAGCAAAGUAUGGUGACAAGAGUGUGUACUUUGAUUUGGAGGACAUUGGCAACACUACAGGGCAGUGGGAUUUGUAUGGUUCAGAUGCACCUUCACCUUACAACCCUCUUCAGAGCAAGUUCUUUGAGACAUUUGCUGCUCCAUUCACAAAGAGGGGAUUGUUGCUCAAGUUCUUGAUCUUGGGAGGUGGUUCAACACUUGCAUACUUCAGUGCCACUGCUUCAGGUGACAUUCUCCCAAUCAAGAAGGGCCCACAACUCCCACCAAAGCUUGGUCCACGUGGCAAGAUCUAAUUUGAUACCACCUUUUCCAUGUUUCUUGCUUUUUCUUAAUGUGUAAAGUGUGAUGACUGAUGACUACUACAUCCUAUUAUUAUUAUUCAAACAUGUUUACUUUUUACUUUCA